AUGUCGAUCAUCUUCGGUUCGGAAAUGAAAGCAAUUUAUUUGCUGUCGCUUGGUUUGAUUUAUUUGUGCAAACCCGCUACAAGCCUCGAAGAACCAAACACUACGCUGGCCCCGGUGGAAAAUUACAAAACCAAUCCGUACUGUUUCCGGUUUACGUGGAUGGGCCCGAAGUACAACAAGGACACACCGUACAAAAAUCUGAGCUGCGACAACAUCCUGAAGAAGGCGAAAGGCAUCCCGUGUUUUCAUCCGCUGGUCAUAACGAACAACACUAACGUACCGGACACUAACUACAUGUGGGAAGAGUAUAAGGACAAACCGUCCCAAAUUGCCUGCCGGCUAGUACGUGGUGAGGUGUGCGCACGGUACUCUUACCGCUACAAUGGUGCAAUAGAAAACAUAACCUACAUGUGCGCGAAACUUAACGUGGACAAUGAAUCGUCUACCUCAUCCAGCUGCUUCAAGGAGGACCGGCAAGGGCGAGAGAUUGAGGUGUGCGUGUGCGAAUCGGCCGCUGGACGUACGCCGUGCAACCGAUCGGCAAAUGUGCUAGCGGAUAGUGUUCCUGUUGCGCCAUUGAUGCUGGUAGUAGCCAUGAUUCAGCUGUUACUAAUAAAGUGCUUACAGUGGCGGUAG